AUGGAUAAGUAUAACACCUAUAUGUUAAGAUAUAAUAAAAAAAAAAUAUGUGUAGAAUUACUGUUUGAGUUAAUUAAAUAUGAAAAAAGUAAAAAUAUUUCUAAGGUGGACUUUGAAAAUGAUGAGUUUUAUAAUUAUCUAGAGAGCAUUAUUAAGUUGUUAUUUAACUAUGUAUUUAACAUAAAUAAAGAAAAUGAUAUUUAUGACACAGAAAAUAAAUGUAGAACCAACUUCUAUUCGAGCUCCUCUGAGAGCUUAAGUGAUAUACUUAUAAAUUCAAGUGAAGAGGAUAAUGGACCAUCUGAAUUUUUCUCUUUUCCUAAAAUUAAUACGAAAGAAGAAAAAGUAAUAUUCCUUCAUGAUAAUUAUGAAAAUAACAAUGAAUUCGAAUGUUUCCAAAAAAAUACAGGAGAUAAUAAUAAAGAUCUAAAAGAAAACAAUUUAAAUACAAAUAUUUAUGAAAAUAAUGAUGCAAAUGCUAAUGUGAACUAUUUCAGCAAGAUACACGACCAAAAAGACAAUGAAAAUGAAAGAAAGCUUGAAAAAAAAACACAAGAAGAAUUAUUUUACAGAAAAAAUGAUAAUUAUAUGUCUUACUUUUUUUUCUUCAACUUUCAUUUAAAUUGUAACAAAAAUACUCAAACUAUAAAAGAAAAAAAAAAAGUUGAAAAACAAAUAUUGAGCAUUUACUACAAAUCCUUUUCUUCAACAAUCAUUGAUAUUCUUUUAAAUAACUCGAAAGUUGGCAUUUCAGAUAUUAUUUUAUUCUUUAUUUUUGAUAACGUUGGUAACCUUGAUGAUAUUAGCGUCUUUUUUUCAGAAGGAUUUUAUACUUUUGAAAGGAUAUAUGCAUAUAUUCAUAAUCAUGUUUCUUGUAAUCAUAACAUAUCCUUAAAUAAAGGUGAAAAUGAAUUCAUUUUUACUCGUCCUUUUUUAAAUUUUGAAAAAUUUCAUCAAAAUGAAUAUGAAAACGAGAACCCAAAAGUUUACUGUAAGGAUUAUGAGGGGGCAUCAAAAAAGGUUAAACACCACAUAAAGGAUCAACAGGCUGAAGCUCAAAAGGAUAUGGCCCCAUUCAAUAACGAAAUGCAUGGUAUAAUUAAGGAGUCGGGAACAUAUUAUGAUACAUUAAAAGGAAAAAACGAAAAGAACGGUAUCAAUGAUGAUGAAAAGAAGAGAAUCAAUAAAAAAUUCACAACCAGUUCAAAAUAUGAAAAUGAAGAGGACAAUAUUUCCAUAUAUGUGAACGAAAUAUUAAAAGAAAAAAUCAUAGAUUCAUACUUUUCGUUAGGAGAUAUGGAAAAUAAUGACAUUUCUAAACUGAAUAGUGCUCAGAUUAUAGACGAUAUACUAAUCAUAGAAAAUUUUAAAUUUCUCUUAAAUAAAUCAUCAAUUUUGCUUAAUAAAUUUAUCAGUAUAUUAAAUAUAGAAUUAGAAAAGCAAAAGCACUUCAAAUUUUGUCUUGAUAUAUUUUUUUUAAAAAACUUAAAGUUAAAUUUUUUAGAAGCAUCCAAACCUUGGAUUUUUUAUUGGUGUAUUCAUGCCAUUUAUAUCCUAUACAACGACUUGGAAAUUGAGCAAAAAUUAAGUAAAGGCACAUUUAGUUACAUAAAGAAAUGUGUGUUCCUUUAUUUAAAUAAAAUAAAAAAUGAAAAAGACGCUUUUGGUGGUGGCUUAAAUCAGUAUACUCAUAUAGCAACAACAUAUGCUACUGUGUGUGUGUUCAUAUAUUUACAUGAUGAAGAAAAUAAUUUUUUAAGUUUUCUAGAUAAAAAAAAAUUACAUACCUAUAUACUUAAAUUGAAAUGUAAAGAUGGCUCAUUUAGAGUACACAAAAACGGUGAGAUAGAUAUGCGAGGAACAUAUUGUGCUAUAUCCAUAUGUUCCAUGUGUCACAUACUAACUAAUGAAGUAAAAAAAAAUGUUGAAAAAUAUAUCAUGUCAUGCCAGAAUUAUGAAGGAGGAUUUACUAGUGAAAAGUUUCAAGAAAGCCAUGGAGGUUAUACUUAUUGUGCAUUAGCUACUUUAUGCAUACUUGGAAAAAUUAAAAAAAUAAAUUUAAAUAAUUUAAUGAUUUGGUUAAUUAACAAACAAGGAAACCUAGAAGGUGCAUUUAUGGGAAGAACAAACAAGUUAGUUGAUGCUUGUUACUCAUUUUGGAUAGGAUCCAUUUUUUUUUUAAUUAAUGAGAUUUAUAUAUUAAAGAAUUUCUUUCAAAAAUAUAAAAAGGAAAAAAGUCUUAUUCAUGAAAAAUUUAAAAUUGUUCGCAAAACUGGUUGCACCCAUUUGAAUGAGUUAAAAACUUUUGGAGUAACAGAUUUACAGAAAAAGGAUUCAAACAGUGAGAAAAACGAACAAACCGUACUAUAUUCAACAAAACAAAACAAAACAUGUAACACCACUUCUUAUAAUACAAGUACAUAUAAUAAUAACAAUGGUAACAGUAAUAGUAAUAAUAAUGACAACUACUGUAAUAAAAAUGAAUCACUUACUUUUUUAACUGAAAAGAAGCUUAUAGAACUGGAGAUUAUGGGUAAGAAUAAAAAUUUCUCAUUUAUUACUUCAAGCAUUCUCAACGAACAGUUCCAUUUUAAAAAUUAUAAAAAUAAAUUUAUGGAAAAUAAAGUUCUGUUUAAUGUGAAUUAUCUAAAGCUUUAUCUGCUUUUAUGUUCUCAAGGUAAUAAUGGUGGAAUGAAAGAUAAACCAAACGAAAAGGUUGAUUAUUAUCACACGUGUUAUGCUUUAAGUGGCUUAUCCCUAAUAGAGAACUACAUAUUAUCAAAUAUGCACUAUAGUGAAGACACAUACAAUAAUAAGGACAACAUAAACAAAUUAAACAAAAUACAUAUUUUAUACAAUAUAACUGUUUCAAAGGUUUUAAAAAGUUAUAUCUAUUUUUCCCCCAAUUUCCCACUAAGUGAAAACAAGAUUAAUCACAAAGUUGGGAAGGGUGCUUACUUGUACUUGAAAAGGCUAAUUUAUUAA